CACUCCCUCAUGCAGCAUCGCGGCUAACUUCCCAGCCACUGCUUGCACCAUCCCGAUUCCCCCCCACCCGCCGCGCAACAAGGCGCAACCCAGACCCCGGCCCCUCCAGCUCGGAAAACCCCCCCGACGAGCCACCGCCACGCGACGCCCCCUCACUCACUCACUCCGCCGCCCGGCCCGCCGCGCGAGGCCGGUCCUGGAACACGGCGCGCCGCGCUCGUACCCAUGCCGUAACGCCCGAACCCGCCAACCGAGCCGCAGCCGCCUCGCCGCGCACACAUGCACUUCCCCUCGCCGCGCGCGCUCGCCAUGGCCGCGCCGGCGGUCGCCCGCCCUCGCCUCGCCCCCGUGGCUCACCCCGCCUCGACCUCUUGCCUGCUGGCCCUCUGGGACCGGAGGCGCGGGCACGGCCGCGCGGUUGCGGCGGUGAGGGCGCGCGAGCAAGGCGCGGCGCCGCCCGACCCGGCGGCCUUCCUGCGCCGGCCGGAGGUAGCGACGGUGACGUCGACGGAGGAGGAGAGGGAGGCCGAUGCGGGGUCCUCGUUUGAUGGCCCCGGGGAGGACGAGGCGCCCGAGGAGGAAGGGGUCCGGGGGAGGAGGAAGGCGCCGGAGAGGGAGUGGGUGGAUUGGGAGGACCUUAUCCUCGAGGACACCGUGCCGCUCGUUGGCUUCGUACGGAUGAUCCUCCACUCCGGCAAGUAUGAAAGUGGCGAUCGGCUGUGUCCUGAACAUGAGAAGGCGAUUCUGGAACGUUUGCUUCCAUACCAUCCACAAUAUAAUGAGAAAAUUGGGUGUGGUAUUGACUACAUCACGGUAGGGUUACAUCCAGAAUUCGAAAACUCAAGGUGUUUAUUCAUAGUUAGGAAGGAUGGCGAGCAGAUCGAUUUUUCGUUCUGGAAGUGCGUCAAAGGUCUCAUUCGGCAAAAGUACCCCAUGUACGCGGACAGUUUCAUUCUCAGGCAUUUCCGCAGGAGACAAGACUACUGAAGUAGUUGCUCGUACGGCUGUUUCAGUGUUAUAUUUUUCUGUGUAAUUGAUUUUGUCCUGUCCCUUUCAUAUCAUGCGAUUCUAGCAUUUGUUACGUGGAGUUUUUCAUUAAGCAUAUUAUUCCAUGCAACAUAAAUAGAUAUAGGUUUGUCGCUUGCAGAUGAAAUUGUAGCGCGCCAUUUAGUUACUACAUUUCUAAUUGUGAGUCGUUCUUUUUAAAAAAAUUAUACUUUUUGCUGCAUAAUUAGAUAUAUAUUAUGUAUAGAUGUAAAAGGUAUAUAUAAAAUAACCUAAAUGACUUAUAAUUUGAAG